AGCAACUGUCAAAAUAGGCCCAUAAAGAUGUCCGAGACGAAUGACGACUCGCUUAACUUCGAUUUGGGCAACGAUGAUCCUGCCAUUCUUAAUGAGGACGAGCUGCUUCUAUCCGACGACGAGAAUGGCAUCAAACUCGACCAACCGGAUGAAGAUUUCUUGCUAGAAGAGACGGACGAUUGGGUUACCAAGGAGUUAGCGUCGAGGGAAAGUGAACCGGCGCCUGUGGCAGUAGCAGCAGCAGUAGAAACUGUAGUGCGCAAGAAUGAUGGCGAUGACAGUCCGGAGCAAAGUGUACCACCACCCAGCAGCAGUAAUCGAACGUUGGGAUUGGCAAGUGAAUCAAAGAGCGAGUGUGAUGAAAGUGACACAGUAACAUACGACGCCGGUUAUCAAAAAAGUUCCCGUUUGCUUACGGACGACGGUGAACCAUUUGCCGAACCGGUCCAAACAGGAAACGAUAGUGUUGGUGCGGAUCAAAGCAGACCGGAGAUCGAAGUGAGUGUUGAAACCGCAUCGCCUACUACUACCGCAACGGAUGGAGCAGCUCGUGAACCAAGUCAAGAUUUUCUGGCAAGUGAAUCGAAGGAAUCGCUACGCUCGACAUCCUCAUCUACGCUCGACGAUGGCUCGACGGUGGCCUCUUCGGUGGAGUACAGCUCUUCGGUACAAACGCUUGCCGAAACGACCUCCGCGAUGUCCAGCAGCAGCACGAACAACAACGCACCACUAUCAGAAAAGACAACUUCCAGCGAACAGUGUGACACGACCUCAUCCGAAGACGUCCUGUAUCUGUACAGUAACACUAACCCGGAGCACGAUGGUUCAUGCGAUACGGAUGAGCAAAGUGAGAAGCGUGGCUGGAAAAAUGAGAUCAAAAACGACACCCGUCAUCUUCCGCUGCACGGACACCAUCUUCAUCAACAUCUGAGCGGAGGUCCUCCCGGUUCUGCUGGGAAUCGUUCUUCACGCCCAACGGGUAUGAAACAUCCUUUGCUACCACCGCAACAGCUCAUGCAACAUUCCGGUAUGGUUGCACCCAACAUACUUGGUCCCCAUCGGCCGAACAAUUUCGGUCCGAUGCAUCCUGGCGCUCGGAUGGAUUUCAGACCUGGUGGCGGCAACCGACAACGCUACCCAUUAAGACCCGGUUUCGGUCCGGACAUGAUGAACCAGUUCCGGGGUGGGAUGGGUCGUAUGAAUUUCCCCGGUCCAAUGCCACCCGGUAUGCAUCCGGGCGUACUAAUGCAGGGACCACCCGGCGGUAGUGGACCACUGAUGCCACCGAUGCGAGGUUUCCCUUCCCGAGGACAUCCAUACGAUAUGGCACGCCAUAUGCCGCCGCGUCUUAUACGUCCGAUGGGCAAUGCAAAUGGGCCGCAAAUGUAUCGCUCGGUUGGUCCACCGAACGGUGGUCCGGCAGGGCCGGUGAAAGGACCGUACGGACCAACAGCAGUUUCCCAGGGAGGACAGCAAGGUGGACAGAUCGGUAAUCCUGGAGCAACGGUAGCAGUCGCAGCAGCAACCGCCGCACCGCUGCAACCACAAUCACUCCUGUCCGGAACGUUCGAUCCUAUGACGGUCGGGGGAGGAGGUGGUGCAGGAGGAGCAGGUAGUGGUGGUGGUGGAACAGCCAGUGCCAACUCCAUCCCACCGGCGCCCGCACCCGUCGUUGCCGGCUUUCCGCAGAAAGUGCUGAUCAAUCCAAACUUUAAAGGUGGCGUCGAAGCCGUCAAGCAUCAGCUAAUGCGCGAUGCGGCCCUCAGUUCGCAGCAGUUUGUGGCCGGCGCCAGUGCCCGGCAGGUUAGCGAUGCGGAACUGUUGCGCCAGCAGGAAGAGUUUAUCAACAAAAAUCGCAUCGAGGUGGAGAAGCGCCGGCAUGAGCGUUCACCGUCCCGCGAACGGGAACGUGACCGCGAAAGGGACCGCGAGCGGGCCCGAUCACGCGACCGGGAUCGCUCGCGGGAACGCGACCGUGAACACCGGGAGCAGCGUGAACGGGACCAUCGGGACCGUGAACCGUUGCGUGGACGAUCGCGGGAUCGGUCGAGGGAGCGGGAGCGUGAGAUGCGACCAAGGUCACGGGACCGGGACCGGGAUCGGGAAUAUUCAUCACCACCACCACCAAGACGGUAUCACCGUGGAGGUAGCCGGGAUCGAGAUUUCGGCAGACCAGGCAGGAGAAAUUUUGGACGGAGUCGGAACGCAAGCCGGGAGCGGGACGACGACAGCCGAUUCCCUAAGCGGCGGAAGAGUGGCGAUUACGGUGAAAACAACCGAGGGCAUUAUGAUCGCAAUGACGACGAUGAAGAUCCCGAAACGAGGGCUUAUCGGAUGGAGAUUGAGAAGCAGAAAGCUACACGAGAAAAAAUGUUGCGCGAGAAGGAAAUGCGCCGAAAGCGGGCGGCCGAGGAGAAGCUUAAAUCGCGAUCAAACGAGCCAAAACCUCAGGAGAACACUCCACCCAAGCUGACACCGUUGGUCGUGACGGAAAAGAAAAUCAUUACCCUGAAAAAGAAAACAACGGAACCGGUCCAGUCCGAGCCGACUGCACGCCGUUCGCCGGCCGACCGUACACGGCUUGACAAUGAGCCGCACUCGAGCGAUGAUCGGCAACGGCACAACAGUGAGCUAAACUCUGAGGCGAUCGAGCUCGAUCUGCUCGAAGAGCUACUGCUCCGCGAACCGACACCGGAACCGAUGCCAUGGAAACCGCCACGUGUGACGACCAGCAGUGGUCAGGUGUCGACCACGAGUGGUACGGCCAUGGUUACGACCUCCUCGUCGGCAAAAGCAGGUGCCGAUGGGCAGACAGCGGUAGCAGCAGUAACAGUAGCCGGGAAGGGCAAAUCGGGGGAAGCCGGAGGAGGAGUGACUGUUCCAGCUAGCAGCCGAAGGAUUGUAGUAAUGAAGCAGUCAACCGGCGAGAGGAAGGAUGCAGGAGGAGGACUGCAGCAAGCAACGUUGGCCACCAGCAGCACCAGCAACCGGAAGGCGCGCAUCUUCGAUCGACUGGACAAGCGGAUCGGUGUGAAUGAGGCCGACAAGCGUAAAAUUCAGAGGUUAGUCAAGGAUAAUUAACCGUUUCUGUCCU